AAGAGAACCUAUUGUCAAACACCAUUGUAAUAACAAAAUAAAUAAUUGAUUAUUUUCAAUAUUUUUCAUCGGUGGCAUUCCGCAAAAAAAUCUAAAAUGCCCACAGCGGUUCAAGAUACAGGAACCAAAUCAACGGAUCAUGACGAGCAAAUGUGGAAGGUAUUGAAAGCUCAUAUUCUUCGAGAAAGGGCAAGGAAAAAACAAGAAAGAGAACAAGAAGUCGAGGAGGAAAGAUUGAGAAAAGAACGAGAAGCAAGAGAACAACAAGAUGUUAUGACUUUAGGAGAAACAAGAGAACAAAUUUCGCAACUCGAACAAAAAUUGACCCAUUUAAAAGAAGAAAAACAUCAAUUAUUUCUACAGCUUAAAAAAGUUUUAAAUGAGGAUGAUAAUAGAAGGAGACAGAAAGAAAAUACAGAAAAUUUGAUUUCAAUCCAGUCGCUACCAACAAAUAUGGUACAUCCCCAAUUAUACAUUCAACAACCACAACAGCAGCAACUGCAGCCAACACCACAACCAAGACUUGCCCAAAUGCCUCAACAACCGCAACCUCCACCACAAGCAGCUUAUAAACAAGCUAAAAGACCAAGAAGCCCCAGUCCUCCUCCACAGGUAUCCGCCUCAAUGUAUCAUUCUUAUGGAUACAAACCCACAACAUCAACUUCAACAUUUCAAGGAUCACCUCAAAAAGAUGACGAUAGACGUAAUGAAUUAGUACGAGCAGUGCUAUGGAAUAAAACGCCACAGUAUAACAGCCAACCGAGCGCUUUUUACCCCGUAGGACCCCAAGAUUUACCCAUGUAUUAUUCUAUGAGGGAACCAUCUAGAACUGUCUAUGAAACACCCAGAUUACAGAACUUCCAUUUGGAACCGAAAUUGCCUGAUCAUUAUACCUUAAGAACACCAUCUUCUCAUGGUCACGUUAUAUUGCCUGGAGCACUAUCAAUUACCCAACAACCAGCACCAAAAAUGGGUGGUAGUAUUACUGCUGGGUAUUCGGUAAGAAGUACACCUCAGUAUCAACAAACUCCUCCAACUUCUUUGUAUUCGGGCCAGACUAGACCUUUAUACCAGCCAACUGUUAACUACCCUCCGAGGGAAUAAAAAUGUCGUCAUUAUUUGAAUCAGAUAUUUUAAAAUAAAACUAAUUGUUAAUGUCUAAAAA